AUGGCUUUUGUACUACAUGACUUAGAAAUCAUUUGCAUGGAGCUUGAAGGCCUUGCUAUCUCAUGGCCAGCACCGGUGGAGGAGAAAUCUGGGAACGUGCGGUCCUUCGUAGGGAACGCCAUGGGGGGGCUGCGAGGGGGAAGCAACCUGGCCUCGUGGGCGGUAGCGGGGACACUCGCCUACUUCCUCUGGAUCAAACCCGCAAGCGAGCCCAAGAAGGAGCUGUAGGAGAGGGCAGCUUUGCCUGCAGCCUCAGAUCAUUAUCGUUAUGUUGAAAAAAGAAAGCCUAUUCCUGAUCUUCAGGCAAUAUUUUUUGAUCCUUCAAAAUGAGAACAAGUUAUUGUAAAGUAGGAUUAUAAUAGUAAUUUUUCUGGGAGGCUAAUUUUAUGGA